AUGUCUGAAUUGGAAGCAACGUCUAGAAGCUUCAUGAAAGUGCCAGAGAUGCGACUUGCAAUCUGGGAAGCCUUAGUCCCACCACCUAGGCGAAUAUACAUGCAAAGAUCCAGCAUGUCUCUCGGGGACAAUAGAUGCUGGGUGGCUAAAGUCAACUCUGAUUCCGGGUCUCCCACAAUUCCAAAUCCUCCUGUUCUAAUUGGGAUAUGCGCUGAAUCCCGGGAUUAUUUUAUUCGCGAGAAAGGAUACACUAUAUUUAGCUGUUGCCUCAUGAGCCCAAUAUACGUGAAUUAUUCAAAAGAUCAGCUUUGGUUCGAGUCUUUAUCUCGUCUUUGGGGUUACGCCAGGAACGUUUCUUAUCAAGAUCGCCAGGGAAGGCGCAACAGCCAAAUGAAUGAAGAAGUUUUGCAAUUAUCCAGAAUUAAAAAACUUGGUAUGAGCUUGACUGACAAGGAUAAGAUAGGGCGGUUCUCUGCCCGUAUAAUGAUUCAUAUAAUCAAGAGGCUCCCCGAAUUGGAAGAGGUUAUCUUUGAGCUUCCAAAAGAUAGAUUUGACGAUUACAAAGCUAACGUAGAUGGAAAGUUAAGCAGUUUCGAGGAAAGGAUACGGGGCCACAAUAUCCUCGAUCCGAGAGCCCCUCCACGGCUUAUUUUCAUAAUGCAGGAAGUUGUGGUGGGAUGCAGCAGUGUGAUGAGUGCUCAGAGACACUCAAGGUCUCGGAUGAAAUCAUAUCUUCAAUGUGUGAUGCACGAUUGGAACGAAUCAUUCGAACAAGUAGGAAAACUUGAGACUAUCGAACUAUCCAAAGCAAUUGAUCCAAAACGCAUCAGCAACGACCAUAGCGAAGCAUUUACUUUGUUUACCAGCCUUGGACCCGAACUUCGUAUUGCCAUGUGCGAGCUAGCAGUGGCAGCUGCAACACCUACUUUGUUGGAAUUGAUAUAUCCAUUUCCAUAUGAACCAGAACACCCAGAGGAUUGUUUAAAAAGUGCAAAAUGGGCCUACCGCCAAUUGAUCACAACUUCAAAUCUUUUGAUGAAUCUGAAUACUACACGUUUUUCAAGAGUUCCGAGACGUGGCAUUAAGAUAUAUGGCCUAUUGUAUGUUCCAAUUAUCAGCCCAAUGCUAUUCCGCCCCUCAGUCGACUUUCUCAGUUUCCAUGAUAUGCAUGACAUGAAAGAAUGUACAGAUAUGGGCACACCAUAUAAGUUCUACCAAAACUCUGGGGUCAAAGUCAAGAGAUCUGGCCAAAAUGACCCUUCCGCUCUAGUACCGUUUUUCGGCAAGAGCCCGUGCAAGAUCCAACCCGAGAGAUAUGGAAGCUCAUCUUGCUUUUCGAGGAUCUCGAACACAUUAUCUUCCACUUCCUGGACAUUUGGUUUUACGAAAAUUCAUGGAAGCAACAUGGCCUACCCAGACCCCGAGUUGAGAUGA